AUGUACAGUGUACAUGUGACACCAGGAAGAUCCACGGAGCGAAAGAAGAACUCAGCCAACAUGGAUAAUGAAAUCAGAACGUAUGGAAGACGAAGGAAGGAAUCGAUUUCUGUGAAGCUGAUAAACUACAUCCGUUCGCAGUUUCAGUCGGAUGCUAUGUCGGAAGGAGAGCUUGAAGGACUCGGGGGCGUUUUAGGGAGCUCCGGAGGCGCCGCGCUCGCUCUUAGCGGCCGACACAAGCCGGAGGAGCUUGCCACCCUCGCGGAAUGCCCGACCGGUUUGGUCGACGAAGAUGCCUUCAAAAAAAUCUUCUCUCAAUUCUUUCCGCAGGGAGACGCAAGUCAAUACGCUCAUUAUGUCUUCAACACCAUGAAGAGGAAACCGUCCGGCAAGAUAAGCUUUGAGGAAUUUCUCACUAUAUUGUCGAAAGUGUCAAGAGGAUCAGUGGAGGAGAAGCUGCAAUGGGUAUUUGGUCUGUACGAUCUGGAUGGCGAUGGCUUGAUAAGUAAGGAGGAAAUGUUGGAUGUCGUGGGCUCCAUUUACGAGAUGUUGGGUCGUUACACGCAACCGCAAAUCCUUGAGCCGCACGUGGCCGCUCGCGAACACGUCGAUCGUAUCUUCCAUUUGAUGGACGCGAAUAAGGACGGUGUGGUGACCAUCGAAGAGCUGGUGCAAUGGUGCUCCAAAGACGAGCAACUGUUGCGAAGUCUUGAUACUCUGGACACCGUAUUAUGAGAAUUUACGUUCUAUCGGAAAUUUCACUAUCAGAUUACCAAGUACGCUUUGAGCAAUGAUUAUGAAAUAUCAUGAACCUGUUUAUCGAUCUGUUCUCUUAUUUUGUAGAAGAAAGGAAUAUGUAAAUUUUCAGUAAUU